AUGCUGAAGCCCCUGCUGCUUCUGUGCUGGACUGCGAUAUUCGUGUCAGCUGGUGACCAGCAGAUCGAUGGUAUCAAUAGCACAGGUGUUUCUGUUGAUUCGUCCCAAAAGAAUGUAAUAGGACAGCCUGAGUUGCUGUUAGAUAACACUAAACCAGCCACCUCAAGCAGUGAACAUGUGUCAUCUGUUCAGAGCGAACCACUUUCAAAUCCUCCAAAAUUAUCUGACUCCAGUCCAGAUACAAAAUUAAAAAUGUCAGCCCCACUUGCUUCAAAUGAAGAUAUACAUGCCACGUCUAUUAUAAAAAAUGCAAACACCUCAACUACUACAACUACUACAACUACAAGCACAACACCAUCCAGUACAACUACAUCGACUACUUCUACUACUACGACAACGACUGCUCCCACUACUACCACAUCGGCGCCAACGACACCGGUUCCUCCACCAAGUAUUAAAAAAUGGAUGGUUAGACAAGACAAUAAAACCUGCAUUAUUGUCCAGAUGGCUGCACAAUUUAACUUCUCCUAUACCGUCAACAAUAAGACGAUCCAGAAGAUGAUGGACAUACCCGGUACCGGCAACGGCACCGCGUCGGGAAUAUGCGGUGACGUCGAGCAAAAUCUCACAGUAUCGUGGGACGCGCAGAAGGACACGGAUAAUUUCACGCUGCAUUUCGUGAAGAAUGAGACGACCAAACAUUACUCUCUUCAUCAUUUUGAGAUCUCCCUUGCGCCGGAAGAAUUCCCGGCCGACAAGUGGAAUGAAACCGUGACGCUGAUACAUAUGACACCACAAUACGAGAUCGGAUUGAGCAAUUCCUACAGAUGUAUAAAGGAGCAAAGGUUGAAUUUAUACAUGAAGGAUGUGAACGAAACCGUAGGACAUCUGACGAUAUCUAAAUUGCAAUUCCAAGCCUUCAGGGGCGACAACAGCACUAGUUUUGGCCUAGCCAAAGACUGCGCAUUCGAAACGCCCGACAUCGUUCCCAUAACAGUGGGUUGUGCACUGGCGGGUUUGGUAGUAAUUGUACUAAUCGCAUACCUCGUCGGCCGUAGACGAAGUCAGGCCCGUGGUUACCUUAGCAUGUAAGCUAAGCGAAAGUU